AUGGCAAGCUCUUGCAGCUUAGCAGCUGAUCGAACAUUUGGGCCUCCAAUCCAUGGUUGCGACUACUUGGACUUUACGCUCCUCUUUGAGCAGGUGGUGUUUGGUAUUAUUCCCUCGGCAUGUUUUCUUCCAGCUAUGGUUUGGAGGUUGCUACAGCUCAUCGGGCAGCCUGGAAAGAUCAAAUUAACAACAAACCAACAGGCCAAGGUCUCCAUCUUGGCGAAAAUAACUCUGAGCCUUGCCUUGAUCUGCAGCCAACUCACUUUAGUGAUCCUUUGGGGAAUGGCCCCGCAAUAUCGCAACAAAGCCACCAUUGCAUCCGUUUGCCUGUCAUUGACAUGCUCCCUUAGUAUUCCUGUUCUGUCCUGGAAUGAGCAUGUACGAUCAGUCUCUCCCUCCAUUCUCCUAUGCUUCUAUCUUCUGUCCAGCACGUUGGUUGAUGGAGUACAAGCCCGGACAUUAUGGCUACGGGGUCCUUCUACUAUCGCAGCAACCUAUACUGCAGGGCUGAGCAUCCGUUUCUUGAUGCUUAUAGCGGAGUUACAAGAGAAGCAGAAAUAUCUGAAACCUCCAUUUGUUGCUUAUCCUCCGGAGAUGGUGGGGGGGAUGGUGAAUCGAGUUGUCUUCUGGUGGCUGAACCCCCUGUUAGCUCGCGGGGCACGCGGUUUGCUAAGUCCCAGCCAUCUCUUUCCCAUUGAUUCCAACCUCUCGGCGGAGACUGUGCAGACUAAAUUUCAAGCGAGGUGGUCCUCUAGAGUAAAGGACCACCCCAGAGGUCAACAUAACCUAGUGCUGGCGAUGUUAUCUUGUGUCCAACAAACGCUGAUAUGGACAGCAAUCCCCCGCAUAGCUUUGAUUGGCUUCAAAAUUGCCCAGCCGUUACUGUUGAAUUGUGUGAUUCAAUACCUCUCUGCCUCCUCCAAAGACAAUGCUGUUGGAGGGGCGCUUGUUGGGGCCACAGUCCUUAUCUAUGCGGGAACGGCGGUUACGACAUCGCUCUAUAUGCAUGGAAUAAACCGCGUCAUUACGAUGAUACGAAGCAUGCUGGUCACUGCCCUCUAUGAAAAGAUGCAGCGUCUAGAUACAGCUACGGUGAAAGACUCAGCUGCACUAACUCUAAUGAGCACCGACACAGAAAGUAUUUGUAACAACUUGAUGCGUCUGGACGCUCCAUUUGCCUCACCAAUUGAGGUCGGUCUUGCCAUAUUCUUCCUUGAGAGGCAGGUAAAAUGGGCAUGCUUGGCAUCUGUUGGGUGUACCCUAGCAGCCGUCUCCCUGAGCUAUAUUGUGGCCGCCCAGUCACCCCCAUACCAGAGGAAAUGGAACCAGGCUGUCCAGGAGCGCAUUGCUACUACUGCAUCAGUCCUUGGCUCAAUUAGAAGCAUCAAGCUGCUUGGUAUAUCCUCUUUCGUUGAGCGACGUAUAUGUGACCUUCGCAACGCAGAACUUGAACGUGCUCGGGGGGCUCGGAUGCUUCUUAUGUGGAGAAACGUUGUUGCCAACAUACCGCAAAUUGCCGGACCAAUCCUUACUUUCACCAUUUUCACAAUGGUCCUGGGAAGUGAUGUGGUUACAUCAACAAACUCCUUUACUAUUCUUGCCCUAAUUGCUUUGGUCACUCAGCCUAUCCAGGUCUUUGUUCACGCAAUUACUCAACUAGGGGCUGCUCUAGGCUGUUUCAAGCGAAUCCAGGACUAUCUUUUAUUACCCGAGGUAGAGAUCAAUCAGAUCUCUUACAACGCUGGAGAGCAUCAUACAAUGGGAAAAGUUGUUUCUGUACACAAUGCCAGCUUUAAAUAUACAGACGCUCCAGCACCAAUUUUGACGAAUGUAAGCAUCAAGAUACACCCUUCUACGUUGACAAUCGUCACCGGGCCUACGGGAUCCGGGAAAUCUUCUCUAUUGAAGGGACUCAUAGGAGCAGUACCCUGCAUUGCUGGUUCGUACUUAGAAUCCAUGGCGAUGGCUUACUGUGCACAAGAUCCCUGGUUACCAAACAUCCCUAUUCGGGAGCUUGUCAUUGGUCCUUCUUUAUAUGAUGAAGAGUGGUAUAUCACAGUCCUUCAUGCAUGUGCGCUAGAUGAAGAUAUUUCUACCUUUUCUGAACGGGACAGGACCUGUGUUGGCUCUGGAGGGACUGCCCUAAGUGGUGGCCAGAAGCAACGACUAGCAAUGGCGCGAGCCCUGUACUCGCGGAGAAACCUCCUCAUUUUGGAUGAUGUCCUCAGUGCAUUGGACAUUGUCACUGCCAGAAAAGUCUUUGAUCGCGCCUUGGGUCCGCGAGGUCUAUGCAAAUCCCACAACAUCGCAGUUAUUCUCGCAUGCAGUGAUCCUGACCGCAUUCACUUACCUGAUGCUGUUUUACACCUUGAUGGCGGUACAACCACAAGAACGAAAAACAAACUGAUAGAGUCACGUCAGGACCUGCCACGUCGACUUGGUGAUUUCUCGGUCUAUCAAUACUACUUCAAAUCUAUGGGCUGGAAAUCUUCGGCUGGGUUCUUGAGUCUUGUAAUUGUGCAGAUAUUUGGGUCGAAAUUCCCCACUCUGUGGCUCCAGUACUGGUCAGACCACGACUUUAACUAUUCCCUAGGUGUUUAUCUGGGUGUGUAUGGAGCUUGUGCAUCCAUUCAGCUGGUUGGUACUAUACUCAGUAUCACAUAUCUCAUCCUUUUCUUAGUUGCAAGGAGCUCCCGCCGUUUGCAUGAGCAGUUAUUGACCGCCACGAUGAAUGCGCCAUAUUCGUUUUUUACCACAUCUGACAGUGGGACCAUCCUGAACAGAUUCAGUCAAGAUCUCUCUCAAAUUGAUAACCAGUUGUCUGGAGCGCUUCUCAUGACCAUUUUUGGUGCUGGAACAUUGAUCGCCGAGGUCAUGUUUAUUGCUGGGGGAAACAAGUAUAUCGCCAUUACCGUGCCGUUUGUGAUCAUAAUAUUCUACGCAUUACAGAACUUCUAUCUGCGAACUUCCCGACAGCUGCGCCUCUUGGAAUUAGAAGCGCAGAGUCCGCUCUAUACACACUUUCUUGAAACCGCCUCGGGUGCGGACACGAUCCGAACAUUUGGCUGGCAAGCCACAUGGGCGACCCAGUGUUGUGUUUUGGUGGACAAGGCAGUCCGGCCAUAUUAUACACUCUUCUGCAUACAACGUUGGUUGAAUCUUGUACUAGACCUUGUGGCAGCCGCAUUGGCUAUUCUUGUGGUUACCGUGGCGGUUAUGCUAGGCUCAUCAGUCGAUACUGGUGCCAUUGCCGUUUCUCUGCUAAACAUUCUGGGAUUCAGCAGCAGUCUAUCAUAUCUCAUUAGCUCAUGGACACAGCUGGAAACUUCUCUUGGUGCAAUCGCUCGUGUUAAAAGCUAUGAAGAUACUCUUCCCAGAGAGGACGCCCUGAAUCUGGCGAAUCCUCGGCCGCCUGCCAAGGACUGGCCCUCUUGUGGCUCUAUCCGGCUCGAACACGUCUAUGCAAGUUACCUGGACAGACCCAGUCCCCAGCAAUGCAUACUUCGUGAUCUUACUUUGACCGUCCGCCCGGGAGAGAAAGUGGCAGUUUGCGGCAGGAGCGGAAGUGGCAAAAGCUCCCUCAUACUCCUUCUUUUCCGGCUUCUUGAUGCCACUUCUGGCUCCGUCCUUAUUGACGAGACAAAUCUGCGCGACAUCCCCUGCAGCAUUCUACGAGCCCGUCUUAUUGUGAUAUCCCAAGACCCUCUCAUACUGCCAGAAACGCUACGGUUUAAUCUUGAUCCCAGCGGAGAGUUCUCAGACGACGCGAUGCUUUCCGCCCUGGAUACGGUAGGCCUAGGGAGGGAUCCUAGUACACGCCAAUCCUAUUCUCUCGACCUACAAGUGAGUGAUGCAACGUUUUCACGUGGGCAACGUCAACUUUUAAGCUUAGCAAGAGCUCUUCUCCGCCAGAGUAAAGCAAAUAUUCUUGUUCUCGACGAAAUCAGCGGCAAUGUUGAUAUUGCCACGGAGCAGUUGAUGUUCCAAAUCAUCCGGGACCAUUUUAAGCAUGCCACCGUCAUCGCCGUGACCCACCGAUUGAGAUGUAUUCGGGAGUUUGACAAGAUCCUGAUCAUGCAGGACGGCUGCAUCGUGGAAACUGGGGGGCCAUCAGAUCUGCUCGGCAAGACUAGUCUGUUCAAGCAGCUAUGGGACGAGCAGUAA